AUGAAGGUCGGACUGCUUUGCUUGGCAUGGCUGGCGCAAGCUGCCGCCAUCACUUUGCAAUCUGACGACGCCGAGCGCCCUACCACAAAGGUGGUGAAACUUUUGAAAUCCAUGCAGGAAACGGUGGAGAGCGAAGCCAAAGCCGACGAGGAGACGUACGACAAGUUCAAAUGUUGGUGCCAUGACAACACGGACGCCAAGACCAAGGCCGCUGCGGAGGCGGAAACCACCGCACGUGAGCUCAAGUCGCGCGUGGAAGUCCUUGCAGCCCAGAGCGAUCGUCUCAAAGGAGAGAUCGAGCAGGCGGAGGAUGAGGUAGCCAAGAACGAAGCAGCUCUCGACACGGCCAAAGAGUUGCGAAAGCAGCAGAACAAGGAAUACUUGGAUGAUGUGCAGCGCCUGGAAUCGGAUCUCAGCGGUGUGAAGAGUGCCAAGUCUGCGUUGAGCACCCCUGAAGCGGGUUCUUUUCUCCAGGCCAAGUCCAGUGCGCGGCCGGUGCUGCAGCAGCUAAUGAAAAAUCACUUUACCAAGCUGAGUGGUGAGGACCGUGAGACCCUGAACUCCUUUUUGCAGCGGGGUGAUGGCGUGGACGGCGUGAUGGGUGUUUUGGAGGGGCUGAAGGACGACUUCUCAGACGAGAUGGUGAAGUUGAAAGAGGCCGAGGCCACAUCGUUGGCGCAGUUCCAAGAGCUCGCGGCGGCUAAAAGUGCCGAGAUCAAAGCCGGCACGAACCAGGUGGAGGCAAAGAAAGGGGAGCGUGCCCAGACCAACGAGGAGCAUGCCCAGAAGAAGCAGGCAAUUAAGGACACCGAGGAGCUGAUGGGUGCUGACCUGUCCUUUGUGGAUGACGUGAAGAAGCAGUGUGCCGAAAUGGACGCUGAAUGGGACGAGCGGCAGAAGAUCCGUGCUGAGGAGGCCGAGGGUAUAUCCAAGGCCAUUGAGAUUCUGGAUGCGGAUGAUGCCCAUGCCAACUUCAAGAAGACCUUCUCUUUCCUCCAGGAGUCCGCCGAGCAUGCCGAGCACGCCGAGCCGAACCGCGCAAGAGCCGCCGCCCGUGUCUUGACUGAGGCCGGACAUACCGAUCCCCGCUUGGCUGCGCUGGCCAUGCAGGCGAAGAUCGACAAAUUCACCAAGGUGAAGAAAGCCAUGGACGACAUGGUUUUCACUUUAACAAAAGAGCAGGAGGAUGAGGUGAAGCAGAAGGACUUCUGCGUGCAGGAAUUCCGUGAGAAUGAGGUGGAGACGGCAGACAAGACGCGAGUACAAACCUCUCUGCUUGCCAAGGAGCAGGCUAUUGAUGUGAAGAAGCCGCAGAGUGAGAUCGAGACCUUGGAGGGAGAGGUGGCUGAGAUGCAGAAGCAGCUCAAGCAGGCGGGCGAGAACCGCGAGAAGGAGAAUGAAGAGUUUCAAAAAGUCGUGGAAGAUCAGCGGAAGACCCAGCAGUUGUUGAAGGAUGCGCUCGAUUCCUUGAGCAAGUUCUACAACAAGGAAGCCAUGAUCCAGGUCAAUGCCCAUCGCGCCCACGACCCAUCAGGCCCGGCACCGGGAGGUUUCAAGGACUACAAGGCCAACGAGAAGAGCUUCGGUGUCCUGUCCAUGUUGCAAAAGCUUAUCGAUGAUUCCAAGGCCAUGGAAGCGGAGUCCGUGCGGGCAGAGAAAAGCGCUCAGAAGGCCUAUGAAGCCUUCUCUGCGGACACGUCGAAGUCCGUGGAGAAGAAGGAGGCAGCCAUCUCGGACAAAAAGGCGGAGAAGGCGCGCCUUGAGAAGACUUUGGUCCAGACACGAAAAGGCCGCGAAGGUGCGGAGGACGCUCUCCAGAACCUUGCGGACACCAAAGCCGGUCUCCAUGAGAGCUGCGACUUCCUCAUGCAAAACUUCGAGGCACGGCAGGCGGCCCGCAGCGAGGAGAUGGACUCCGUCAAGAAGGCCAAGGCCAUCCUCUCCGGCGCCACCUUCGCGGAGAUCCAGUUGGAUUGA